AUGGAGAUACUCUACAGCGUGGGGAUCUUGCUCGUGCUGAUCCCCGCCUGCUAUCUCUACACCGUCUCCGUCGUGGCCACGCGCUUCCCCGCCCUGCGCAACAAGCGCAUAUGCCUGCUCAUUGCUCAUCCAGACGAUGAGGCUAUGUUCUUUGCGCCUACUGUUCUGGCGCUCACGCGACAGAGCACUGGCAAUCACGUCAAAAUCCUGUGCCUGAGCAGCGGAAACGCGGCCGGCCUGGGCGAGACGCGCAAGAAGGAGCUCGUCAAGAGCGGCAUGACCCUCGGCCUCCGCCAGGAAGAUGACGUUUUCGUCGUCGAUGACCCGGACUUUCCCGAUUCCAUGACCGCAAAGUGGGACACCAACAGGAUCUCCGCCCUCCUCUCCUCCGCCUUCAUCCCACGCCGCAACACCACCAAGAAUGUCGACGCCGCCCCCGAGGCUACCAUUGACGUCCUCAUCACCUUCGACCGCAGCGGCAUCUCGGGCCACCCGAACCACAUUUCCCUCUACCACGGCGCCCGAUCCUUCGUCGCCUCCCUGACCGCCGGCAAGCCUGGCUGGAAGCCCCCGGUCGAUCUCUACACCCUGCGUUCGGUCUCCAUCCUGCGCAAGUACACUUCGUGCCUCGACACCGUCGCCACCCUCGCCGCCUGGGCCCUCACCACCCCGAUGAAAAACAAGGAGCACCCGGCAGGGCUCGUCUUCCUCAACGGCUUCGGCGCCGGCGGUAUGGGCACCGCCUGGAGGGCCAUGACCGAGGCGCACAAGAGCCAGAUGGUGUGGUUCCGCUACGGCUGGAUCACACUGAGCCGCUAUAUGCUCAUCAACGACCUGCGGCUAGAGGACGUGCACAAGAAGCCGUGA